GAGAACGGUUCUCCAGGCCCAAUGGGUCCCCGUGGCCUGCCUGGUGAGAGAGGACGGUCCGGCCCUGCUGGCGCCGCGGGUGCUCGGGGCAACGAUGGCCAACCCGGCCCCGCAGGGCCUCCGGGUCCCGUGGGUCCUGCUGGCGGUCCUGGCUUCCCCGGUGCUCCUGGUGCCAAGGGUGAAGCUGGCCCCACCGGUGCUCGAGGUCCUGAAGGUGCCCAAGGUCCUCGCGGUGAAGCUGGUACUCCUGGGUCCCCCGGGCCGGCUGGUGCUUCUUCUCCUUUUUCAGGGUAACCCUGGAUCUGAUGGAAUUCCUGGAGCUAAAGGAUCUGCUGGUGCCCCUGGCAUUGCUGGUGCACCCGGCUUCCCUGGGCCCCGUGGUCCACCCGGCCCUCAAGGUGCAACUGGUCCUCUGGGCCCGAAAGGUCAAACGGGUGAGCCUGGUAUUGCUGGCUUCAAAGGCGAACAAGGCCCCAAGGGAGAACCGGGCCCUGCUGGUCCCCAAGGAGCCCCCGGUCCUGCUGGUGAAGAAGGCAAAAGAGGGUCCCGUGGAGAGCCUGGAGGUGCUGGGCCCGCUGGGCCCCCUGGAGAAAGAGGUCCUCCUGGCAACCGUGGGUUCCCAGGUCAGGAUGGUCUGGCAGGUCCCAAGGGAGCCCCUGGAGAGCGAGGGCCCAGUGGCCUUGCUGGUCCCAAGGGAGCCAAUGGUGACCCUGGCCGUCCUGGAGAACCCGGCCUCCCUGGCGCCCGGGGUCUCACUGGUCGCCCUGGUGAUGCUGGUCCUCAAGGCAAAGUUGGUCCUUCUGGAGCCCCUGGUGAAGAUGGUCGCCCUGGACCUCCAGGUCCUCAGGGGACUCGUGGGCAGCCUGGUGUCAUGGGUUUCCCUGGCCCCAAAGGUGCCAAUGGUGAGCCUGGCAAAGCUGGUGAGAAAGGAUUGCCUGGUGCUCCUGGCCUGAGAGGUCUCCCUGGCAAAGAUGGUGAGACAGGAGCUGCAGGCCCCCCUGGACCCGCUGGACCUGCCGGGGAACGAGGCGAACAGGGUGCUCCUGGGCCAUCUGGGUUCCAGGGACUUCCUGGCCCGCCCGGUCCCCCAGGUGAAGGUGGAAAACCAGGUGACCAGGGCGUUCCUGGUGAAGCUGGAGCUCCCGGCCUCGUGGGUCCCAGGGGUGAACGAGGUUUCCCAGGGGAACGUGGCUCUCCCGGGUCCCAGGGCCUCCAGGGGCCCCGCGGCCUCCCUGGCACUCCUGGCACUGAUGGUCCCAAAGGCGCAGCUGGCCCAGCUGGCCCCACUGGGGCUCAGGGCCCUCCAGGUCUGCAGGGGAUGCCCGGUGAGAGAGGAGCAGCUGGCAUCGCUGGCCCCAAGGGAGACAGGGGUGAUGUUGGUGAGAAAGGCCCUGAGGGAGCCCCCGGGAAGGACGGUGGACGAGGUCUGACUGGCCCCAUUGGCCCCCCUGGCCCGGCCGGUGCCAACGGUGAGAAGGGAGAAGUUGGACCUCCUGGUCCUGCAGGAACUGUUGGUGCUCGCGGCGCCCCGGGUGAACGUGGCGAGACUGGACCCCCCGGACCCGCUGGAUUUGCCGGUCCUCCUGGUGCUGACGGCCAGCCCGGUGCCAAAGGCGAGCAAGGAGAGGCUGGCCAGAAAGGUGACGCUGGUGCCCCGGGUCCUCAGGGCCCCUCUGGAGCUCCCGGGCCUCAGGGUCCUACUGGUGUGACUGGUCCUAAAGGAGCCCGAGGUGCUCAAGGUCCCCCGGGGGCCACCGGAUUCCCCGGAGCUGCAGGCCGCGUCGGACCCCCAGGUUCCAAUGGCAACCCUGGACCCCCCGGCCCCCCUGGUCCUUCUGGAAAAGAUGGUCCCAAAGGUGCUCGAGGAGACAGCGGCCCCCCUGGCCGAGCUGGUGACCCUGGCCUCCAAGGUCCUUCCGGACCCCCUGGCGAGAAGGGAGAGCCUGGAGACGACGGUCCUUCUGGUCCCGACGGUCCUCCAGGUCCCCAGGGUCUGGCUGGUCAGAGGGGCAUCGUUGGUCUGCCUGGGCAGCGUGGUGAGCGAGGAUUCCCCGGCCUGCCCGGCCCAUCGGGUGAGCCUGGCAAGCAGGGAGCUCCUGGAGCAUCUGGAGACCGAGGCCCCCCUGGCCCCGUGGGUCCUCCCGGCCUGACUGGUCCUGCGGGUGAACCUGGACGCGAGGGAAGCCCUGGUGCUGACGGCCCCCCCGGCAGAGACGGUGCAGCUGGAGUCAAGGGCGAUCGUGGUGAGACCGGUCCCGUGGGUGGCCCCGGAGCCCCAGGGGCCCCUGGCUCUCCUGGCCCCGCCGGCCCAAUCGGCAAGCAGGGAGACCGAGGAGAAGCUGGUGCACAAGGCCCCAUGGGACCCUCAGGACCAGCCGGAGCCCGGGGAUUGCCAGGUCCUCAAGGCCCCCGAGGUGACAAAGGAGAAACGGGAGAGGCUGGCGAGAGGGGACUGAAGGGACACCGUGGCUUCACUGGUCUGCAGGGUCUGCCCGGUCCCCCCGGUCCUGCUGGAGACCAAGGUACUUCUGGUCCUGCCGGUCCUUCUGGCCCCAGAGGUCCUCCUGGCCCCGUCGGUCCCUCUGGCAAAGAUGGCGCUAAUGGAAUCCCCGGCCCCAUUGGACCUCCUGGACCCCGUGGACGUUCAGGCGAAACUGGCCCUGCUGGUCCUCCUGGAAAUCCUGGACCCCCUGGCCCUCCAGGUCCCCCUGGCCCUGGCAUUGACAUGUCCGCCUUUGCUGGCCUAGGCCAGAGAGAGAAGGGCCCCGACCCCCUGCAGUACAUGCGGGCCGAUGAGGCAGCCGGCAACCUGAGACAGCACGACGCCGAGGUGGAUGCCACACUCAAGUCCCUCAACAACCAGAUCGAGAGCAUCCGCAGCCCUGAGGGAUCCCGCAAGAACCCUGCUCGCACCUGCCGGGACCUGAAACUCUGUCACCCUGAGUGGAAGAGCGGAGAUUACUGGAUCGACCCGAACCAGGGCUGCACCCUGGACGCCAUGAAGGUUUUCUGCAACAUGGACACUGGCGAGACCUGCGUCUACCCCAGCCCGGCCAGCGUCCCCAAGAAGAACUGGUGGAGCAGCAAGAGCAAGGACAAGAAACACAUCUGGUUCGGAGAAACCAUCAACGGUGGCUUCCACUUCAGCUAUGGAGAUGACAACCUGGCUCCCAACACCGCCAACGUCCAGAUGACCUUCCUGCGCCUGCUGUCCACCGAGGGCUCCCAGAACGUCACCUACCACUGCAAGAACAGCAUCGCCUACCUGGACGAAGCCGCGGGCAACCUCAAGAAGGCCCUGCUCCUCCAGGGCUCCAACGACGUGGAGAUCCGGGCUGAGGGCAACAGCAGGUUCACGUAUACUGUUCUGAAGGAUGGCUGCACGAAACACACCGGUAAGUGGGGCAAGACUAUGAUCGAGUACCGGUCGCAGAAGACCUCACGCCUCCCCAUCAUUGACAUUGCACCCAUGGACAUAGGAGGGCCCGAGCAGGAAUUCGGUGUGGACAUAGGGCCUGUCUGCUUCUUGUAAAAACCCGAACCCAGAAACAACACAAUCCAUUGCAAACCCAAAGGACCCAAGUACUUUCCAAUCCCAGUCACUCUAGGACUCUGCACUGAAUGGCUGACCUGACCUGAUGUCCAUUCAUCCCACCCUCUCACAGUUUGGACUUUUCUCCCUUCUCUAAGAGACCUGAACUGGGCAGACUGCAAAAUAAAAUCUCGGUGUUCUAUUUAUUUAUUGUCUUCCUGUAAGACCUUUGGGUCAAGGCAGAGGCAGGAAACUAACUGGUGUGAGUCAAACGCCCCCUGAGUGACUGCCCCCCCAGCCCAGGCAAGAGAACCCCCCCUUCAGGUGCUGGGCGCAGGAACUGUGUGUGUCCUACACAAUGGUGCUAUUCUGUGUCAAACACCUCUGUAUUUUUU